AUGUUCUACCCAUGGCUAAUCUUAGCGGUAGCAAUCCUCAUCAUCAUCACUGGCGGCGAGUCCAAGCACAGAUUUCUGAGGUGGGACUCUUUCGAAUGCCGAAUAUGUGUGCCAUAUGCAGAAAAUCUGAAAUGUCAGAUCGCAGGGUCAAGGCAAUCGUUCUUGAAUCUGGAAGUCAAUUUGCUGAAGGCACUACCAUCAAUUAGGACGUAUGUAAAAAUCUCUACCCGGUCCAAGCCUUCAGAGCAGUACCGGAAGCUCUUUGACUUUACCUUCGAUGGCUGCCGUGUAAUGUCGGAUGUGGCAAAAGAAAAGACCAUGGUGUCCAGGCUCUACAAUGCCGUGGUCAAAAACAGUAAUCAGCCGCAAAAAUGCCCCAUAAAACAGGGCUUCAUUUACUACCGCAACAUAAGUAUUGAGGAGGUUAUUCCCUCGUUUCUGCCUGAAAGCAGUUUUAUGGCGCAGGUCAAUUUGUCCCAUCUGAAGAAAUCGUACUUUAAUAUUACUCUAAGAGGAGAUAUUUCAUCAAAUUAA